AUCCAAUUCUCACUCAUUCACUCAUCUAGCAUCAGUCGCCAGUAUGGCGUCCCAGACACCUCUCUCGCCUAUGUGUUUGCCUCUGCUCAAGUUUUCCUAUGCCACUGAUGCUGCAGCUGAACUAAGUGCUUUCUCCUGGACUCAUGUACAUAACAGCAACUUACUGGUGGUGUUUGACCCUGUUAAUGACUCGAAGAUGAAAGUCCUUCAGGGAAAUUUACUUCUGGAACAUGUUGAUCUUAAGCAGAAAGCCAACGAGGCAAGUCAGGCUAUUGAAAUGGCUCGCCGGAGUGGAAUCGAGCUUCGCGAUGAUCAACUUGCUAUGACCGUCAUUGUGCGGAGUCCCCUACUCGCCAUACGAUACAAUAUGCUGGAAACUAAUCAAAAACGAAGACUACAAUUGAAAUUUUGCAAUGAAACCGACUUCCUUCAGGCACUACAUGUCGUCGAGGCAAUGGGUUGUCGCAUCACACAGAGUGUACCCUUGAAGACCGCAACCCAAGCACCUGGUAAUGCUGAAAAAGCUCAUCCACCCCUUGCGAAACAGCAAACCAUGGCACGUCCCGACACUGCCUUACUCAAACCGUUUGUGCCACCACAGGUUCACUCAAGCACGCCUCAGAUGCCGUCUCAAGUGACUCCAUCUGGGGUCUAUCCCUCCACUACAUCCGCAGACAUGCCGAUUGGAAACGGUUUCGCUGGCCAUAGCUGCUCACAGAUCAACCACUCUGGCCACAUGCAAAGAUCAUACACCACAGGAUCGCAACAUUUGCAAAGUGACCUUGGUAUCACUCAUUUGCCUCAAACACUGACCCGUACCCCGACGUACAACCUGACAGCCCAGCCAUCCACUCAAGAGAACGUACUCGAACAGUCUCAGUACCGACCUUCUGAUUCUGUUACGAGCCAACCUCAUCCUACUCUAAAUCCUCUGAGUAACUGUACCACAGGCCAUGAUGCUGUUUUGAGCGAAGCUGAUAGAACUCCCUCUCAACAUCGGGAACCAGUAGAGAUACAAAGACCAUCAACAACCUCAGUAUUGGAAAAGAGCGGGCGUCUUCAGUCGCUGCCUCCGAAAAGGGAUCUGCCAUGGGCAAAGUCCCGUUCCAGCGGAGGCUCGUCAAGUCGGCCGUCGACAUCUACUCUCGAACUCCCUCCUUUACCUGCUCCUACCUUUGCAGCAAAUACAGCUCCUUUCCAAUCACUGUCUGCUAGUAGAAAUAACCCUAAAUCAGCAGCGUUCGAUCAUGACCCCUCGCGUCCUCUGUCUUCAUCGAUACCCGCUGUAUCGCACGUGCCAAGACCUCGAACAUCACUUGCUGAUAUCACGAACAGAUUGCCGUUUCCAUCUCUUACCAACAGCCCGUCUAAGCUCAGCGAGAGUCACCCCAUAGCCAUGACUAAUCACGAAAGUAAAGGAAAUUCCAUCUCAUGUCCUGACAUGUCAUCCACGGUGGAAUCAAACAACGACGCGGAGCGCACAGCUUCGAAUAACGACCGCUGUGGCACACUUCGUGACGCUGAACAACAGAAUGAUGGCAAUGUCUUCGCCACGUUGGUGAACCAGAUGUCCGCAACGGAUACCCCUAACAUGGCGCAGUAUGCAGCUCAGUCAGUCGAAGAUCGCCGGAUAAUGAUAAGCAAUUGGAUGGUGCGACAUAUUGGUGACGACAACUUUGUGACCCUCUGCGAAGAUGUUGCGAGUACAUGGCAGAGAGUUGGCCUGGGGCUGGAGCCCUUGUGAAAAAAUCUUGCUCGAUGGCUGGAGUAGGUGUAGAAUCGACUUGCCUCUGGUUCCGUGAUCAUCCUGCAGACUUACUAUUGCUUGCGCAUUUAAUCUCGGGAUUCGUAUCGCCUGUCAUCUUAACCUGUCAGAUCAUAGGGAGCCCGACAACAACAUUCAUGCAAUAAGGAGGAAAUCGUGUAUGAACUUUGUACGAUACACAUGCUUAUAGGUUUCGAUGACAUAACAUACUCUCACACCUUUUGUUGAAGCCAAAUCAGCGCUAUAUGCGUCUGUU